AUGGGCAAAGAACACCCUGAUUCAAAGCUAUUCCCGCAUGCCACUGGGGCGGCCGCUACGAUGGUAAAGGAGCAUGAAGAAGGAGGAGUCUUUGAAAUUGUAUUCGGGAUGGGUAAUCUAUCAAGAGCCCGAUUGACAGCAGUCAAUCCGUACCACAAGCCAGAGUCUCUUCUCAAACUCAACCCUCGAGGACUGGUCCCAACCCUCGAAUAUGAACAAAAGCCACUCUAUGAAAGCACAGUGAUCUGUGAAUUUCUCGAAGAGGCUUACCCGUCUGCAACGCCGCGUCUGAUGCCCUCAGAUCCUUAUACUAAGGCCCGAACGCGUAUUUGGACAGACUUUGUGACUUCACGCAUUAUUCCAGCUUUUCAUCGGUUCUUACAACAUCAGCCAUCUUCAAAGUCUAGCAUCGACGAAGUACGUGCUGAUUUUCUGGGCAACCUCAAGCAGUUCACGGAAGCUAUGGAUCCAAUUGGCCCGUAUUUUCUUGGGAGUCAAGUCAGCAUGGUCGAUUUGGUCCUCGCACCAUGGGCCGUCAGACAUUGGGUGUUCGAGCAUUUCAAGGGUGGCUUGCAAAUCCCACAAGACAAGGUUUGGGACAGAUGGGGGAAGUGGUUGAGUGCUGUCGAGAAGAGACAAAGUGUAAUCACUACAACGAGUGAGAGAGAGCACUAUGUGCCGAUAUACAAGCGAUAUGCAGACGAUAGCGCGCAGAGUGAGCUUGCUAAAGCCACAAGGGAAGGGAAGGGUGUACCCUGA